AACAUUCUGACUCUAUAUAUACUCCGUACAUUUUAAUCUAUGGCUUUCCGCCAUCAUCUGCUCUUCCAUCCCCUCACGGUCUCACCUAACUCGCCGCACCUUGGCGUAAUUCGAUCUCUCAUACCGGAAAACAAUCGGAAUACAGUCGGCGUCGGUAUGGCUUUAUCUACGCAGCGCAGUGUUAACCUUCUGAAGCCUCUGUCAACAGCUGUCUCGUACAUCCGCCACCUGUCUUCGUCCGCUGCUAUCACCGUCGAGACCAACCUCCCUUUCAGUGGCCACAACAUUGAUCCUCCGUCUCGCUCCGUCGAGACCUCCCCUAAGGAGCUUAUGACCUUCUUCCGAGAUAUGACUUUGAUGCGCCGUAUGGAGAUCGCCUCCGAUUCUCUAUACAAGGCCAAGCUCAUCCGCGGCUUCUGCCAUCUCUACGACGGCCAGGAAGCCGUGGCAAUAGGUAUGGAAGCCGCGAUUACGAGAAAGGAUUGCAUUAUUACCGCUUACAGGGACCACUGUAUCUACCUCGGCCGCGGAGGAACUCUACUCGAGACGUUUGCAGAGCUUAUGGGGAGAAAAGACGGCUGUUCGAAAGGGAAAGGGGGUUCUAUGCACUUCUACAAGAAGGAGAAUGGAUUUUACGGUGGCCAUGGUAUUGUGGGGGCUCAAGUUCCCCUAGGUAUUGGAUUAGCUUUUGCACAGAAGUACUCAAAAGAAGAACAUGUGAGCUUCUCAAUGUACGGAGAUGGUGCUGCAAAUCAGGGGCAAUUGUUUGAGGCGUUGAACAUGGCAGCACUCUUGGAUCUGCCUGCUAUUCUUGUUUGCGAGAACAACCACUAUGGCAUGGGGACAGCAGAGUGGAGGGCAGCAAAAAGUCCUGCCUAUUAUAAGAGAGGGGAUUAUGUCCCUGGUUUGAAGGUCGAUGGUAUGGACGUGCUUGCUGUGAAGCAAGCUUGCAAAUUCGCCAAGGAGCAUGCUCUGAAGAAUGGACCACUUAUUCUUGAAAUGGACACCUAUAGGUAUCAUGGGCACUCCAUGUCUGAUCCUGGAAGCACAUAUCGCACACGUGAUGAGAUCAGUGGAGUGAGACAGGAGCGUGAUCCAAUUGAAAGAGUCAGAAAACUUAUACUAGCUCAUGAUAUUUCCACUGAAAAGGAGCUAAAGGAUAUUGAGAAGGAAGUCAGGAAAGAGGUAGAUGAAGCCAUAGCUAAAGCUAAGGAGAGCCAAAUGCCAGAUCCCUCUGAACUUUUUACCAAUGUAUAUUCCAAAGGGCUAGGAGUUGAGGCAUUUGGAGCAGACAGGAAGGAAGUGAGGGUAACACUUCCCUGAUGAGGAAGUAUGAACAAGGUCUGAUCAUUUGGCUUCUCUCUAAGAAAAGAUUAGAAGAGUGGUUCAGAGAAUAACAAAUAUAUAUUAUUCGUAAAACAUUCAGUUGCCACAUUCCUUUUUGCACCAUUGAUUCUUUGCAGUUAGGUAGCUCUUUUUUUAAAUGGCUAAAUAAUGAAUCAAAAUACUCUAAUGUGCAUUAUGGAGCUCGAAGAACCAGCUCUACUUUGUAUUCUUUCUUAGGAUAUACUCCGUAUUUACUUAUAUUAUGGAUACCAUAUAUGCAAAAAAUAUUGGUGAGGACAUAGAGCUGAUUAUUUCAGUUCACAUCAUUUGGACUGUUAUUAUCUUUUUGAUGAAGAUGUAUUGAGUUCGAUGCUA